ACACACACACACACACACACACACACUGAUGAUGGUCUCUGGGCAUUCUCUCUUUCUGUUCUCUUUCUCCUCGUGUCAGAAUAACCCAGAAUAACCAGCACACACUCACCUCCCACUGCUCCUUUACCAGUUCUCCCAGCGGCCGGGGGGAGCGUUCAGUCCCAGACCCUUUAAUUUAGUUUCUCCGCGGCGGAGGGAGAAGCUGAGCCGGCUGAGGUCUGACUGCGCUCCGGUGCUGAUCUCCUUCUCCUCCUCCUCCUCCUCCUGCUGCUGCUGCGGCUGAAGCUGCUGCUGCUAGCCGGCUCCAGGCGCUCUCUCCGCGGCGGCAUGCCCUCAGUAACCCGCCCCUCCGCUCCACCGCCCGGCUCCGCUUGUUCUGAGUGAGCGCUGGCUGACUGGGAGCUGCUGCGGGUGAAGCGGGGCUGAUAAUGGGAGUCUGAGGACGACACGUUACGACACGGAUUCUCCAAUUCGGCUCGUCGCUGAAACAGUGAAGAAUUGAAGCAGUGAAACGACAAACCCACCGACCGACCGACCAACAAAGGAGACUCGGCGAGGCCUAGGCCAUGGGAGGAACUAAGAGCAAGCCCAAAGAACCAGGCCAGCGUUCCCGCAGUCUAGACGGAACCAUAAGCUCAGGCAGCGGUGGAGGCAAUGCUGGGGGCCAUCCCCACACGACCCUCACACCCAACCGCAGCCCCACGGUUGAUGGCACACGGCCUGGUGUUCAGGCCACCCAUAACGCCGAGCUGGCCCUGUUUGGAGGAGUGGACUCCUCCAACAACAGCAUCACUUCCCCUCACCACUGUGCAGCUGGGGGCGUGACUACAUUUGUGGCAUUGUAUGACUACGAGUCACGAACCGCCUCCGAUUUAUCAUUCAGAAAAGGAGAACGGCUACAGAUCGUCAAUAACACGAGAAAGCUGAACUGCAGGGAAGGAGACUGGUGGCUGGCUCGCUCAUUGACCACAGGAGAAAGUGGCUACAUCCCCAGCAACUACGUCGCUCCAUCCGACUCCAUCCAGGCUGAAGAUCACCUCAGAUUGACUCUGGAGAAAAGGUGGUACUUUGGUAAAAUCACUCGCAGGGACUCGGAGCGGCUGCUGCUGAGUCUUGACAACAGAAGGGGGACUUUCCUGGUUCGUGAAAGUGAGACAACCAAAGGUGCCUACUGUCUGUCUGUGCUGGACUUCGACAAUGUGAAAGGGCUGAAUGUAAAACAUUAUAAGAUCCGGAAGCUGGACAGCGGUGGCUUCUACAUCACGUCUCGGACACAGUUCAGUAACCUGCAGCAGCUGGUCAGCCAUUACCGCAAGCACGCUGAUGGUUUGUGCCACUUUUUGACGGAUGUGUGUCCGGUUCUGAAGCCGCAGACUCAGGGUUUAGCUCGAGACGCCUGGGAGAUUCCCCGCGAGUCUUUACGUCUAGACCUUAAGCUGGGACAGGGCUGCUUCGGAGAGGUCUGGAUGGGCACGUGGAACGGGACGACGCGCGUAGCAAUAAAGACCCUGAAGCCGGGCACCAUGUCUCCAGAAGCCUUCCUGCAGGAAGCUCAGGUCAUGAAGAAGCUGCGGCACGAGAAGCUGGUGCAGCUCUACGCCGUGGUGUCCGAGGAGCCCAUCUACAUCGUUACAGAAUACAUGGGACAAGGAAGUCUGUUGGACUUCUUAAAAGGGGACAUGGGGAAGAUACUGCGGUUACCUCAGCUGGUAGAUAUGGCCUCGCAGAUUGCGUCCGGCAUGGCGUAUGUGGAGAGAAUGAACUAUGUGCACAGAGACCUCAGGGCUGCCAACAUCCUGGUGGGAGAUAACCUGGUGUGUAAAGUGGCUGACUUUGGCCUCGCAAGGCUCAUAGAGGACAACGAAUACACUGCCAGACAGGGGGCAAAGUUUCCGAUAAAGUGGACAGCACCAGAGGCUGCUCUGUACGGCCGCUUCACCAUCAAAUCUGACGUCUGGUCGUUCGGGGUUCUUUUGACUGAACUGGCAACUAAAGGCAGGGUGCCAUAUCCAGGCAUGGUGAACCGGGAAGUGCUGGACCAAGUGGAGCGCGGCUACCGGAUGCCCUGCCCAGCCGAGUGCCCCGACUCCCUGCACGACCUGAUGCUGACCUGCUGGAGGAAGGAGCCUGAGGAGCGGCCCACGUUCGAGUACCUGCAGGGCUUCCUGGAGGACUACUUCACCUCCACUGAGCCUCAGUACCAGCCUGGGGAGAACCUGUAGAGAGGAGCAUCGUUUACUGAGGAGAAUGAUGAUAGGAGGUUCUGGAGGAGCUGUGAUGUAAUGAGUACCGUGAUGUACCAUGAAGUUCUCUUAUGUGGUCAGUAACUUUCACAGGAAACAACAGAAAUAGACCAAUCGUUUCUACACAAGACCUCCACUUUACCUCCUGCACCCCAAAAAUAUAUAUAUAUUAAAUUAAACUCUUGUUGAGAUGUAUUUGAGGUAUCGUUUGAACUCCAGGCUCCUCCUCCAGCAGCAGCUCCAGCAGUUUUAUAGGUCAGCAAUGAUCGAUCUUUAGCUGCUUUUCUGACCUCAUUGUGUUUCCACCUCAACGUUUUUUUCUUAAGCUCCUUUAAGAGCUCGCUCCAGAUCUGUCAAUCAUCUUCUCUAACCACCCCCUUAUCUCCUGCUGCCUCUCUUCGUUCUGCUUCGUUCAGCGACCUCCCCUUCCCCCCAACUUUGCCCCACUUGCACCAAGGCUCUGACGGAAAGGCCUAGGCCUGGGGCUUGAGUUCGGGCUUGGGAUGCACUCCAAUGAGGUUCUCCAUGGCUUUCAAGGAGCUUUAAAGAAGCUUGUGGUUCUCAACAAGAUGAGGCUUCGAAAAAAAAAGCUAAAACUCCAAUUUACUCAUUUUAAAAGGAUACAUUUGGGUUUUUAAUUGGAUUUUAGUGAAACUAAACUUCUUACGGUCUUCCAAUAUGUCCGUCCAGGACCACCCGUAUCUAUCUUCUCAUAAAGAUGGAGAUGUGAAGAGAUGUGUCCCAUUGAUUUCCUGUCUUAAACCUGGAUAAACUGGAAUAGACAGUUAAAAGCUGGCGGAAAUAUGGAUUUUUGUUUUUUAUUCUAAAAAAGAAUAUUACAGUACCUUUACAAUCCCAUGCUGAACUGAUCAUAAGGGAGUGACAUCAUUACAAUGACCAAACUCAUGGACAAAAAAAAAAAAAAAAAUCAGCAUCCAUCCACUAAUAGUACAGACUUGAAGCUUUUUCUGGCUUAGGGUUUUUUUAUUGAAUACUUAUAAUACUCUACUUUUUAUGAUAUUUCCCAUAAAACUACCCUUUUCCCUUUUUUUCGUUUCCUUAUAUGACCCAAAAACUACUGAUGACGUCUCCUUUUUUGUUCUUUUUUUUUUUUUACCAUAGAGACAGCUGUAUAGUCGAAUAUUAGUGGACGUUAGAUCUAAUGUGCCAAUGGGGACAAAAAAGGUUUUACUAUACCGUUUUACUAUAUAAAUAUAAAAUGUAUUUUUAUGAAUUGUAAUCUUUUGCUAUCAUCAGAAACGGGCGGGUUUAUAAUUAUGAUUUGAAUUGUGAGAUUGUGAGAUCUAUGAUGAAUAUCAGCCUGAUGCAUUUGAACGACAAAUCUCCUGAAAUCUCUCGAAUUAUUUUCGCUUUGGGCAUUUUCUUCUUUUAAAGUGUUGAUUUAUUAUGUUUUCUGUGUUUAGAAAAAUAUACAUAUACCUGGUGUUAAGUCUGCAGUGGCCUGCAGUUUUAAGAACUACUAUAUAUGUGUGUUAACUAGGGAUGUCCUGAUCCAAUUGUGAAUGUACUAUAAUAAUUCCGAACUAGUCCCGGGUUUUUUUGUUUUAAAAACAGUGUUCAGAGCGCCAUCUGUUGUCCUUCAUUGCUGGACAUGUCGGCAGAACUGGGGAAAGUUCUCAGAAGGUACAGUUACCACACAAAGCAAUGCUCGAUUGGCUAGUGUGAUCACUUCAAAGCGUGCCCAGGUAUGCACGGCGCAUGCAGUGCGAGCGCUAUUCGUGCCCAAGUGCAGACCAAGAUGAUGUGAGUGAUGCAACAUAGCGGUGUUAUGCCGAAUUCUGCACCACCGACAGGAAAAGCAAUCCUUCUCGAGAGCGCACAUAUUUUUUAAGUCAGUUAAGACAUGCUCCCGAGAGAGGGUGCUUUUCAUGGCGGGGGUGCUGAAUUCAGCACAACAGCGGCUAACCCACUAAGCAGUGAGUAAUGACGUAAGCGUGCUCGGGCACGGAUUGUUUAAACGCAGUGUAAGUGCAGGCCAGCGGAGGAGUGAGGAGGGAACAGCAUUAAAACAUUAAAUAAUAUCUGAAACCAUAUAAAACUUACUUAAAAUUACUCUUGUUUUACUACACGCCUUUCUUUGGUUUAAACCAGCACUGAACAGCACGUUUAGAACCGAGUGAAGGCUAAUGCUAAUGCUAAUACACAAACAUUCUAUAGAAACCCAAUUUAUAGCACAUUCACCCACUAUAAACACAGUUAUUACACAUAGACAUGGACAAACUAUAACAGAUAUCAGUCCAGAGUGUGUACCACUAUACACACUUUUUUUUUUUAAAGGAACUGAUAUUUAAACACAAUAAAACAGUCAUUUAGCUAAAUAAAUUACUACUAAACAAAAUAAAUCAGUUCAGAAUGUCUCUCAUUAUAUAAAGUUUUACUAACAAGUAAGUUUAAUGUGAUUAAUCAGCACAUCUUAUCUAAACAGUUUUGCUUUAUUAUUCUUUAUAACUUAAAUAUCAGAUUCAAUUCAAUUAGUAUUGGCUAAUAUUUAGCAAUAAGGGAUUUGGAUUAGAUUGAGGUGCAAAGUAAUCUGAUUUUGAUUCUAAUCCUAAUCCAAACACAAAGAAUAAAAUUGGAAUUAAAUGGUAAAAUAUUCUAAUCGGAACGUCACUAGAAGUGUCAGUUCAGGGGAACUGUGGAAGUCACAAUGGAAUCUGAGGGACAAAGAAAAGCUAAAAAAAAAAAAAUCUUAUCUAAACUGGUGCUCCAUUAUUAAUUCAAACACAAAUGACAAAUUAAUUUCGACAAACUAGUAUCGGCUUGAAUUGGGAGAUAAAAAUAUCAUGACCUGGACAUCCCUAGACUUUAACAUUUAUUUAACAGCCACUGACAGCUUUUUUUUUUUUUUAUGGGGAAAAAAUGGUCACACGUUUGACAUCAGACUCAUGUUCUCAUGUUCAGGAAUCAUCACAUGCAGGAAAACGAGAAAUAAUACACUGUUUUAAUAAAAAUAAUGAUAAUGAUAAUCAUCAGUGAAAUACUGUAAACUGCUGAGAUUAUAAUGUUGAUUAAAUGGUUUGUAGGAAUGGUAGGAUGUUUUUUAUAGGCGUGACAAUGAUGGUGAUGGUGGUCAGAACUGUGAAUAGUAGCUGAAUUAGCGUAGACAGAGGUGCUCUCACUGACGCACUGACACGUACUGACGUACGGACGUUUCCAUCGGCCUGUGGAUUUAUGUGCAUUUCUCACUUUAAUAAGGUAGAAUUCCAGGUAAAUUAAUCUAAUCACAUGACACUGGUCAGUUUCUGCUGUAAAUACCGUCCUCGGGUCAUGGAUACUGUAAAUAUCCUAUUUAUUUACACUGAUUAAAAUAGCUAUAAUUGUCCAGCCUGCUACUAAAAAGUUGCUUAUAAGGGUGGGAUUCAUAGAGGAAUCUCACAAUACGAUACGAUAUUAUCACGAUACCGCAAUACUCAAUAUAUCGCAAGACAAUUCUAUGCGAUACUUCACGGCAUCUGUGUUACUGACAAUGAUAAAUUAUUCCUAAAUAAUAAGCAAAUAAUAAUAACAGGAAUUAUUGAUUUAUUAAUGCGUUUAACAACCUAUAUUCUUUACUGCAGGUUACCCCUAUUCAUUUGAUUAUAGCACCACCAUGUGGAGUAAUGAGGCAGUUACUUUUUAGUGAGAGUCUUAAGGAGUUUAGAUUGCAUAUAUUUGUGAUAUAUAUGUGAUUAACUGUGAGCAAAAGCUCCAUACUGGAUAAUUUAGACCCUGUUUACACCUGGUCACUUCAUGUGAUUAAUAUCUGGAUUGUUUUCACAUGUGUUCAUACUGUGGGGAGGGGUUUUGGUUCUUUGGGGAGGAGUUUUAGUUCUAAGGAGAUGGUUUCUGUUUCAACGGGAAACAGAUUUUUGUUCAAAGGGGAGGAGCUAAGGUUCGAAGGGAACGGGUUUUGAUUCUACAGGGAGGGGUUUUGGUUCUACGGUGAGUAGUUUUUGUUCAAAGAAGAGGAUUUUUUGGUUCUAUGAUAAACAGUUUUGGUUGUGGGCAGGAGUUUUAGGGUUUUGCGGGGAUGGGUUUUGGUUCUAUGUAGAGGGAUUUGUUUUACAGGGAGGGUUUUUGGUUCUAGGAGGAGGUUUUGGACAUCAAAGAGGUGGAGGUUCUGUUCUAUGGAGAGAGGUUUUGGUUCAAUGGGAAUAAGUUUUGGUUUUAAGGGGAGGGUUUUUUGUUCUACGGGACCGAGUUUUCGUUCUAAGGGUUUUGGUUCUACAGGGAGGGGUUUUCGUUCUACAGGGAGGAGUUUUGGUUUUACAGGGAGGGGUUUUGGUUUUACAGGGAGGGGUUUUGGUUUUACAGGGAGGGGUUUUGGUUCUACAGUUAGCAGUUUUUUGUUCUAUUGAUAGGGCUUUGAGUUCCUUGGGAAACAAUUUUGGUUCUAUGUGGACAAGUUUUGGUUCUAUAAAGAGGUUUCGUCCGGCAGGAAGAGGUUCUGUUCUACAAGGAGGAGGUUUCAUACUAUGGGUAGUGGUUUUAGUUCUAAAGGAAGGAGUUUUGGUUCUACAGGGAGGGGUUUUGGUUUUACAGGGAGGGGUUUUGGUUUUACAGGGAGGGGUUUUGGUUCUACAGUUAGCAGUUUUUUGUUCUAUUGAUAGGGCUUUGAGUUCCUUGGGAAACAAUUUUGGUUCUAUGUGGACAAGUUUUGGUUCUAUAAAGAGGUUUCGUCCGGCAGGAAGAGGUUCUGUUCUACAAGGAGGAGGUUUCAUACUAUGGGUAGUGGUUUUAGUUCUAAAGGAAGGAGUUCUGGUUCUAGGGGAGGUGAUUUUGGUUCUACAGGGAUGGGUUUUGAUUCUUUUGUGAGUAGUUUUUGUUCUGAGGAGAGUGUUUUUGGUUUUACGGGAAACUGUUUUAGUUGUAUUUGGAGGAGUUUUGGGUUUUACAGGGAGGGGUUUUGGUUCUAUGAGGACGAGGUUUCGUCCUGUGGGAAGGGGUUUUGGUUUUACAAGGAGGAGGUUUCAUACUAUGGGGAGGGGUUUUAGUUCUAAAGGAAGGAGUUUUGGUUCUAGGUGGAGUGAUUUUGGUUCUAUAGGGAGUUUUGAUUCUGUGGGAAGUUUUAGUUUUACCAGGGGGGGCUCUUUGGUUCUACGGUGAAGGUUUUUUUUAUAAGGGGGAGGAGGUUUGGUUGUGCAGGGAAGGGAUUUGGUUCUAAGGGGAUGAGUUUUGGUUGUAAAAUAAGUAUCACUUGCAUUGUAAUGUUGUUUGGUCUCAUCCAGAUAUAAUCCUCAUGAAGUGACCAGGUGUAAAGUUAGUCUUUAGUUCAGUUUUCCAGUCAGGGAUUAAGCCUGGUCUUGGAUAGUCCCUGUCAAUAAAAAGACCACCCCUAUAUGAAGUGUGUUACAUUACAUUAAAUGGGAUUUUUUGAUGCUCUGUAAGGUUCUUCAAACUCACAAAACUCUUGUAACAAAAAAAAACACUUUCUUUUUGCUUGAAUUAUGUUAUUUUGUAUUUAAGUUUCUAGAUUUCCACUGGAAUCAAUAUUAGUGAUAUUAGUAUGAUUAUAAGAAAAGUCUAAUAUAUGCAUUUCUGCUUUACAGAUUUUUGACAGUAGCUGAUAUUAUUUAUACAGCUAGCCAUCCUCAUAUAUAGUUUUUUUUUGUGUAAUUAACCCUGCAUUACUGUUCAUUAUUGUACACUCGACCUCAAUCUACCACUGUUCUGUUUAAAUCAGUGAUGAGUACAGUGGGUAUUGUUUGAGUUUGACCUUUUGCGAAUCAAAACUAGGCUUGUUCUCCAUUUUUAAACAGUCUAACUACUGCGAAUGUUUAGUAGAUUGGUGCUGUGGUGCUUUAGUGCUCUAAAGAUGAGUCCGAGCUUAAGCCAAAACUUUUAGUUGUCAAAUCAAGAUUAAGAUUUUUUUUUAUCAUUAUAUGAAAAAAAAAUAAAAUGGAAAAAUGAUAAAACAGAUUGGAACUCAAUGUACAAUUUUUUCCCAUUUUUACCUAAAUUUACUCACCCAAUUACCCAACCCACUCAUUAAGACUCCCCUUGUCACUAGUGAUGCCCAACACCAGGAAGGUGAAGACUAGCACACUCCUCCUCCAAUACAUGUGAAGUCAGACUCCGCCUCUUUUUUAACUGCUGCUGAUGCUCUGUGAAGCACAGCGACUCUGUUCUGAUACAUCAGCUCACAGACGCAGCCUUGUGCUGAUUGACAUCACCCUAGGAGUGAUGAGGGGAAAGAGCGCCAUCUACUGUACCCACCCAGAGAGAGAGAGAGCAAGGCCAAUUAUUCUCUCUCAGGGCUCCGGUAGCUGAUGGCAAGCUACAUGAACAGGAUUCAAACUGCAGAUUUUUUUUUUUUUUUAACCAAUAAGAACAUGGAAAAACAGAAAUGACAAAGUUUGUAACUCACUGUAGAUUCAUUUUCAUACAGACUGGAGUAAAAAAAAUAUAUAUAUAUUAUUUUUUUUGUCAUAUAAAAUUAAAAAGAAGAAAUAAAAUUUUGUUACUUAUUGUCCAUGCUCAGCUACAGUCUUAAGACUUGAGACCAAGACCGGACUCAAGUAAUACAUCAAUAAAUUAUAUAUAACAUGCUAAUAAAAUAUUUCAUUACAUAACAAUAUAGAAUAAAAGUUCAGUUUCUAAUUAACGUUACCUCAGAGAGACGCAAUGGUGCUCCCAAAGGAAACUGAGACAAGGAUCAAGACUGAGAUCAUUAGUUUGUUCUCUUGAGACUAAUUUUAAAAUCAAGACCAAACUGGAGAUCUACAUCACUACAUCAUGUGAUUUCACACUGUAAGUUACUACUGUGCAUUGAUUGGGCUCUGUCUCCUGGAGGGCAGAUGUCCUGUAGGGACGUCAGGUUAGAAGCUGUGGUCUGAAAUAAAGAUUAAUUGUAUAAUACUGAGUGAUCUGCUUGUUCACAGUAAGAAACUGGAAAACAGUGGGAACAGUGAUUGUGUAACAGUGUAGUAUUGUUGUACCAAAUGACUUUUUUUUCCCUUCUCUAAAUCUUUUGACACCUUUAUUCAUGUACUCAGCCUAUGCAGGUUUUUCCUUAUUAUAUAUAUAUAUAUUAACUUUCUGCUAUACACUUUUUUUAUACUCCUUUUCUCUUGCUUACAGUAAAUUGUACAGUUCUGCAAUCCUACGACUCCUUUUAAAAUUUAGAAGAGAACUUUGCAAUGAGAGUUGUAUACUUUUAAAAACCGAUGAUGAUACAUUGCUAUCUUUUGUAAGUGCAAUAAACGACAUUUCUUAAGUUUGCAUUUCAA